CAGCCAGUCAUAUAAAGGAUUCUCUUCUUCACAGAAUGAAAGAAAGAUGUGAAGUACAAACCUGAAUGCAACCUGAAAGGUCCAAACAGAUGAGCUUGUGACAUCCUGUUCCGGAGCCCAGGUAUACCUCACACCUCAGCUGUGCCUUCUCAAAUCUGGACAACACUGUUUGAAACAACCAAAAACUUCAACUGACAUUCCAGUUGUCACAAAAAAUAACUGGUGCUAGCUGAAUGUCAGGAUGCAAGUAGUUACUAUUAUAGUACUACUACUUCUUUGUAAAGCAUCUGAUUUUAGGAAGACAAGGAGUAGGAAUUUGAGAAACAAUGAAAGGGAAAAAAUCUCAAGGAAAACAUCUAGCACUGUUAAGCGCAAUGCCCUAGGCCUACCAUGUGAUAUAUACACUUAUCUUCAUGAGAAAUACCUAGACUGUCAGGAAAGAAAACUGAUUUUUGUGGCACCUGAUUGGCCUGAGGAUUUGAAACACAUGCUGCUAGCAAGAAACAGGAUUCGUAAAUUGAAGAAUAAUAUGUUUUCUAAGUAUAAAGUACUGAAAAGUCUGGAUUUACAGCAGAAUGAUAUAUCAAAAAUUGAGAGCCAGGCUUUCUUUGGUUUGAAUAAACUUACUACACUCUUACUCCAGCAUAACCAAAUCAAGACUUUAUCCGAGGAGAUUUUUAUUUAUAUGCCUAAUCUAAACUACCUACGUCUUUAUGAUAAUCCCUGGCAUUGCAACUGUGAACUAGAAACUCUUGUUACAAUGCUGCAGGUUCCAACAAACAGGAAUUUGGGAAAUUAUGCCAAGUGUGUGCACCCAAUAGAACUGAAAAAUCAGAAGCUAAAACAGAUAAAAGCUGAACAGCUAUGUAGUGAAGAGGACAGGCAGGACCCCCAGAACAUAAAACAGGAGAAGCCUGUCAAACCAGAAUUUGAUUCCUCUUUGUGCCACAUAUAUGUAUUUCCUGUACCAACUCUGAACUGCAAGAGGAAAGAUUUAAAGAAAGUUCCGGGUAACAUACCCCCAGAUAUAGUUAAACUUGAUUUGUCCAACAACAAAAUUAGACAACUACGAUCCAAAGAGUUUGAAGAUGUCAGUGAAUUGAAGGUAUUAAACCUAAACAGUAAUGGAAUAGCUUACAUUGAUCCUGCUGCUUUCUCAGGACUCAAUAACUUAGAGGAGCUGGACCUAUCAAACAACAGCUUGCAGAAUUUUGAAUAUGGAGUACUAGAAGAUCUUUACUUUCUGAAAGUACUGUGGCUGAGAGAGAAUCCUUGGAGAUGUGAUUACAACAUUCAUUAUCUUUUUUACUGGUUGAAACAUCACUACAAUGUUCACUAUAAUGGCCUGGAAUGCAAAAUGCCUGAGGAAUACAAAGGAUGGUCUGUUGGAAAAUAUGUUCGAAGUUACUACGAGGAGUGUCCAAAAGACAAGCUGCCCAUUUAUCCAGAAACUUUUGAUCUGGACAGAGAUGAUGAGGAAUGGGAACGACAAAAAGGACAAUCAGUUCAAACAGCAAAAAAGCACAGCGUAGUUGUCACUGUGAUAGGCAAAUAAGGGAAUCCUUUUUUUCUUCUACAUUCAAAUAUUUGAUACUCUGUCAAACAAACAAACAAAAAAAAACCCAUGCUGUUUACAUUUUUUGUUAAUUAUACUGAUUGUUGUAAGACUAUUUUCCUACAAGGAUUUCUGUUUAGUGCAGUUAAUAAGCACAGAAUGGCAUUAGUUACACAUCAUCCUUCAAUGGUUAAUUGUUUCUGACUAUUUGUUCUGCACAUUCUUGUGAAAUAUUUUGUCAAAUAUUCAAAACUAUGCAGUAGGAAUGGAUAGACACAAGUGUAGAUAUGUGAUGGGGAAGAGCAGUGUAUGAACAUUAUGCAUGAACACAGCUUAUGUGCUGACAUGGAACUUGCCGCAGGAUUAUGACCAAGACACACCUCUUUCUUGAAUGUAUCAUCAGUUCUUUAUAUCUAUCAGUUUCCUGAAAUAUUCCCAGAAAACAUUUCUAAGAUUUUUGUAUCAGCUUCCUGUUGUUUUAUUGUAUAUGAAAACUCAAAAUGAAGAUUGAUUUUAAAUAUAGCUCUGGAAAAACAGGAA